GCAGCCAGUACCAUUUGAACGAGUGGCGCUCCCUCCCUCUUUGCCCACCGACAGCAUCACCGCCACAUCCAGGCAGAGAGAAACAUAAGGAGAGAGAGAGACAGAAAGAGAGAGAGAGAGAGACCAAUAGCGAUAUGUGAGGAAAGGAGACAACCUUGCAGGAGAGAUAGAGCAAUUCAAAACAUUAACCAGACCGAGGAGGAAAACAUGGACGCAGUGGAAAAUCUUUGCUUCAUGCAUGCAUCACGGAGGAUACGGUGUUUACCCCGCACUGUCGGAGUUAUGCACGGACUCUGUUUUUGAUGAGGCGGGUGGGGACCCGCAGCAAGCUGAAAAGGCGGAAAGAUUUCUCCGAACCGUCUGCAAAUUUUGCCCGCCUGCGAUGGCUGGGUCGGUACGAUGCUGUUAUAGAGUAAUGGAGAAUAUAUUUUGCUAUUUCUGUGUGUUGACGUUCACGUUAAGUGGCCUUAUAAAUGCACAAAUCCGAUACUCGAUUCCAGAGGAGCUGGAGAACGGGGCAUCAGUCGGUGACAUUGUCCAGGAUUUGGGUCUGGAUCUGAAAAAAGUUUCCUCUCGACGCAUCAAAAUCACGUCGGACAGCGGGCGGAAAUAUUUCACAAUAAACCACAAAACCGGAAAGCUGGUGGUGAGUGACCGAAUCGACCGGGAAACAGUUUGUGGAUUCAGUGGCACCUGUUCACGUAACCUGGAGGUGGUGUUGGAGAACCCGCUGGAAGUGCACAACGUGGAGGUGGAGAUAUUGGACGUGAACGACAACGAACCUCAGUUCCCUAGAGAUGAGUACCAGCUUGAGGUGUCGGAGUCUGCUCUCACCGGGUCGCGGUUUCACAUCGAGGGAGCUCAAGAUGCAGAUGAGGGGUCCAACUCCGUGAAACAGUACCGACUUAUUCCAAACGACCACCUCACGUUGGACUCCAUUAAACCCUCCUCCAACAAUAAUCAAAUUGAGUUAAUUCUCAAAAGGCCCUUUGACCGGGAGCAGAUGCCCUCGCAUCAACUUAUUCUGACAGCAAUAGAUGGAGGCACUCCACAGCGAACUGGCUCGGCCAAGAUCAAUGUCCGUAUCCUUGAUGCCAAUGACAAUGUGCCUAAGUUUAACAGUUCAGUGUAUAAAGUUAAAGUGCCUGAGAACUCUCCAAAUGGGACACUUUUGAUUAAGUUAAAUGCAACAGACCCAGAUGAGGGCUCAAACGGAGAAGUGUUUUAUUCUUUUAGUAGCUACACACCUGAACGAGUCAGACAGGUGUUUUCUAUGGACACAAACACGGGGGAGAUUAGGGUAAGAAAUAAUAUAGAUUAUGAGGAGACUAAAACGUAUGAAAUGUACAUACAAGCAAUGGACAAAGGCCCAGCUCCCGUUGCAGCACACUGUAAAGUAGUCGUAGAAGUGUUGGAUGUCAAUGAUAACAUUCCUGAGAUUGUACUGUCUUCACUUUCCAGCCCUGUGCGUGAGGACGCACGGGCAGACACAGUGGUGGCUUUGAUUAGUGUCAAUGAUGGCGAUUCUGGACAAAAUAAACAGGUUUCCCUGGAGAUCAUGCCCAACUUGCCUUUUAAGAUUAAAUCCUUCAGAAACCACUACACUGUGGUCACAUCUGCUUUCCUGGACAGGGAAACUAUCUCGUCAUACAACGUUACAGUCAACGCUGUGGAUGAGGGCACGCCACCCCUAUCAUCUCAAAUGAGCUUCAGGGUAGAUGUUGCAGAUGUUAAUGAUAACCCACCUCGUUUUGAGCAGACAUCAUAUACUGUCUAUAUUACAGAGAACAAUGCUCCUGGGGCGUCUCUUUGUGUUGUUAAGGCCAUGGAUGCAGAUGAUGCAGAAAAUGCACGCAUAACUUAUACUGUCCUUAAUGACAAUAACCAUGGGAUACCUGUGGCCAGCUACGUUAGCAUCAAACCUGACACAGGUGAGGCCUAUGCCCUGCAAGCCUUUGACUUUGAAAAGCUUAGAGAGUUUCACUUUCAGAUUAAAGCCCAAGACAACGGUGUGCCUCCCCUUAGCCGUGUGGCCACAGUAUACGUUUACAUUAUGGAUCAGAACGAUCAUGUUCCUAGGAUUGUCUAUCCACCUGCAAAUGGAACACUAAUGAAAAAUGCUGAAGCCGGCCUCUUAGUUAGCAAGGUGACUGCAUGGGAUGGUGAUGCAGGGCAGAAUGCCUGGCUGUUUUUCACUCUGAACCAGACCAACAAAGACCUAGACCUUUUUAAAGUACAUGAGUACACAGGUGAGAUCCGCACCACCAGGAGAGUCAUGGAAGACAACUCUACUACCUUUGUUCUGACUGUCCUGGUUCGAGACCAUGGCAUACCGCCGCUUUCCUCAACCACCACUAUCCAUGUGCACGUGAUGGACCUUCCUCCGAAGUUUACCCCUGAUCCGAAACAGAUUGUUAGGCCUGACAGCCCGCUAAUGUUUUCACCCGUCACUCUCUACCUCAUCAUAGCCCUGUGUGCCACAACCUUUGUAUUUCUGGUCACUGUCUUUGUUCUUGCCAUUGUGCGAUGUCAUGCCUACUGUAGCCAGACUGGUUCCUGCUCCCCGUGUUGUGUAUCCCAGAAGAACAUGCCGGAGGGUGGCACCUCAGCAGGUGGUGGUGGUGGUGGUGCUGGUGGUGGAGCAAGGGCUGCAGGUGGCGGUGGAGGAGCUGCAGGAGUGCAACAAAACAUCAAUGUGGCACUGCGCCGUGACCUCAAAGUGGAGCCGCAUUAUAUUGAAGUGAGAGGAAACGGGUCUUUGACCAAAACGUACUGUUAUAAGACGUGCUUGACCGCCACGUCGGGAAGUGACACUUUCAUGUUCUACAACACGGGAAGGCCGCACAGUGGCACCUGGGGCUCGGGCUAUGUCACCAGCCACAGCGGACAGAGUCAGAUAUUUGUGCGCCGCCUCAGUAUGCCAGAUGCAACUGCCAUACAGCCCAAGGCACCUAAUUCAGACUGGAGAUACUCAGCCUCCCUGAGAGCAGGUGGUGUAAUGCAGAGUUCAGUCCACAUGGAAGAGUCUGCAGUCAUGCAGGGAGCUCAGGGAGUCCUGGUACAGAACUGGCCCACUGCAUCGAGUGCUGCUGAUGGUGAAGGAGGAGAGGUUUCCCCACCUAUGGGCGCCGGUGUAGACAGCAAUAGCUGGCACUUUCGCUACGGCCCGGGUGGUCCCGGAGCGCCCCCACAGCACCUGAAGCCCGGAGAGGUUCCUCCAGAAGCAUUCAUCAUUCCUGGCUCCCCAGCCAUAAUUUCCAUCAGACAGAACCAGGGAGGAGAGGACGACAAGAGCGACUUCAUCACCUUCGGGAAAAAGGAGGAGGCCAAGAAAAAGAAGAAGAAGAAGAAGGAAAAGGAGAAGAAAGACAAGAAGGAUAAAGGCAAGGAUGACGGCGACGAGUAAAACGGAGAGCAGAAAAUGCAUAAAAUGGCGAAGAAGAAAAGGGUGCUGUUAAAACAGAGGUACCAACCAAAGUUCACUGGGUGAAAAGAGAAUAUUUUUUACCAUUAUUCAUUAUUGCU